AUAAAAUCUCUUUUUCAUUACUAACACAAUGAAUGCAGAUGAAUAAGAGUAUCUCCCUGUCAAGAAAUUCCUCUUAAAAAAAUAGAUUUCAGAAAAAUUAUUUAAUUCUCAGUUUCAUCCAAUUUAGCAUGACUAAAAAGGAGGAUCACCUCAACAUCAAAGGAAAAUAAUAUUUCCACAAAUCUAGGUACCUUAGGGUAAUUAGGAUUAAAAACAUUAGAUCAGCCCAAGAUAUCAAAUACCUGUUGAGAAAAUGGAUUAUAUCAAACUGCCUGAGAUUGAUGAAAAGUUCUUUAUCAAAAGAUCUAUAUAGUAGGAACUAUAUUCUAAUGCUAAAGGGUAAUAUUUAUCAAGGAAAACAUCUACAGAAAACAAUGAAAUUUUGGACAAUAAUCAAUUUAUCUAACCUCAUCAUUAUAAUAAAAAAGUUGAAUUUUAAUAAGAUGUUUUAGUGUAUGAUUAUAUAAAUUAAACCUAUAAGAAAAGUAGCAUAGAUGGUUCAUAAAAACCAUUAUAUAGAAGAUAAAAGACAAAAAACUUAAGUGAUGAUCUUCGAUUUUAUAAUGACAAUGCUAAGUUUAUUGGAAAAUCUUAAUAUUUUGAGGUAAACACAAAAGAAAGAAAUCAUUAAAAACAUUUUAUUAUAGAUACUUUAUAGAUGGAAAACCAUAGUCAGACAAUUAAAGAAUGAAUUU